CAGAGCCUGAAACCCUCACGUUUUCCCACUGAUCAGAGCUGAUUCAUGGAAUUAUGCUGCUGCAGCCUCUCUGGAAUGCCGUCCUGGGACGUGCCUCCCUCCUACACUCGCCUUUCUUUCCCGUCCUCUUCUCGUUGUCCGCCUACCUGUCCUUCUGCCUGCCCUUCCUGCUGCUGGACGUGCUGGCCUCCAGGUGGGCCCUGGUGCGCAAGUACAAGCUGCAGCCUCAGAGCUCCGUGACCUGGGCCUCGGUGCGGAGCUGCGUGGCUCGGACCACCUACAACCACCUAAUCUUCAUCUUCCCACUCACUGUGCUGCACUGGUACCUGAGACCAGUCCGGAUGCCUGACCAGGCCCCGGCUCUGCCCACACUGCUGCUCCAGGUCCUGGUCUGCCUGCUGCUCUUCGACUUUCAGAGCUUCGUCUGGCACUUGGCACACCACAAGGUUCCCUGGCUCUACCGCAACUUCCACAAGGUGCACCACACCUACACCUCCACCUCUGCCCUGACUGCAGAGUACUCGGGGGUCUGGGAGACCCUCAGCCUGGGGCUCUUUGCCGCCGCCAACCCGGUUCUGUUGGGCUGCCACCCGCUCACCGAGCUGGCCUUCUUCCUGGUCAAUAUCUGGUUGUCGGUGGAGGACCACUGCGGCUACGACCUGCCCUGGGCCACCCACCGCCUGGUGCCGCUCGGCCUGUACGGCGGCGCCCGCCACCACGACCUCCACCACCUCAAGUCCAGGUGCAACUUCGCCCCGUACUUCACCCACUGGGACCGGCUGGCCGGGACACUGGUCACACAGGACUGAGACCCCCACAGCACCUGAACACACCUCCAUGGAGGACAUAGAACUCUGGAGGCGUUUAAGAACCCUGAAAGCUUCAUGAAGUGAUGAUGAUGAAGUGGAACAACAGACCUGGACUGUGUUCUAAUAUUUAAUCUGAAUAUUUAUUUUUCUCUGUAUGACGUUUUUAAUGAGGAGUUAAAUUUUCUACGUUAAUGAAGAUUUUCUAGUUUUAUUGUUUUCAACGAGUCGCACCAUUGAAACAAGAAAGUCCGGAGAAUCGGAUUCAGAGUUAAAGGAAAAUGGAUUUGGUGCAGCCAUGAUGGAUCAUUCCGAGUUGGAAGAGUCAGAACCUGGUUCAUACUGAACUGAUCCGACCUGAAAAUGGAUCGAAGAGGUCCGGAUCCACCAACAGCCACAGAUAUGAUAUGUUAUACAUGUUAUAUAUGAGGAUGGAUGGAUGGAUUAUGGAUGGAUGGAUGGAUGGAUGGAUGAUGGAUGGAUGGAUGGAUGGAUGAUGGAUGGAUGGAUGGAUGGAUGGAUGGAUGAUGGAUGGAUGGAUGCAAAGUGAGAGGGAGUGAAGGUGUUGAGGAGCAGGAGUGUGAGUGGGGAGUUUUAUGGAAGUUUCUAUUGGGAGGAAACAAAGUGACUGAAAUGUGGAUGUUUUGUUUUGUUAACUAUAAAGAGACUAAAUAAAGUUUCCGAAGAGGAAAA